ACCAUCUUACAGUCUCGAAUAGCAACGAACAUAGCAUGAUUAAUAUUUUCAUGAACCUACCAAACUUUCAAAUUUCCAGAACAUAAUUUCACAAAACACCCCGGUGGUCUAAAAUGCCGAAGAGGCCCCGGGAUGAAGCCGAUUUCAAUGGAAGUGAGGGCAACUCAGAGGCUAAUAAGAGGCGAAACUUCGACCCAGCUAUCGAGACAAACGAACAGGCCCUUGCAUUGUUACUCAAUCAAGCCGAGAACCUCAUUGAACACCUCCGGAAACUUCAGAAAGCCUCCUCUUCAGGAGUCUCAGUAGCGGUGGUUUCCCAGGGACAGCUGCUCCAGGAUCUUCAAAGCGCGAGCACAGUGAUUCUUCCUGCAGUUAGGUUGCUGGCGAAAGAUGGAGUAAAUACUCACCAAGUAAAGGAUGUUGCCCGUGAUGGCUCAUCACGUGAGAAUAUCUCGGGCGCUGCAUUAUUACAGACACCGACCUCUGGCACGGCUGGCUCGCAAUCCACACAGCCGCGAGCCUCGCAGGUGUCGUCUGUAUCGGCGCCACCCGUGCCCUCUCCCCUCUUACUCACACCUUUCCAAGCAGAGAAUAUAGCUUCGUCUUUACCACCUCUGCCCCCAAUACUGGACCAAACGCUAGAGACGGCCGUGUUCACCCACGCGGGGAUGGCCAAAAUUCAGAAGUCGCAGCUCAGCUAUGACCGCCUUGAAUGGCUUGGGGACGCGUAUUCGGAGCUGAUUUCCUCUACUCUUCUCUUCAGCACUUUUGGUCGUGCUAGCCCUGGUCGCCUGUCACAGCUCCGAGAACUCCUUAUCUGCAACUCUAACCUAGGAAAGUAUGCGGCCAAGUAUGGCCUCAUGCAACGGGUACAUCUUUCAGAAGAAUUCAAGAAUUCCAAGGAUGCAAAAAAGAUACCUGGUGAUGUCUUUGAGGCAUAUGUUGCUGCCGUGAUUCUCUCUGACCCGGAAAAUGGUCUGCGUCGGGCGGGAGAAUGGCUCAAAGCCCUCUACAGCAUGACCAUCAAAGAUCAGAUUCGAGAAUUGUCCAGAAAACCGGAAAUGCGGCAUAUCGUCGAAAUGGACAGAGAGCAAAAAGUUCCCAUCGAAGAAGAGGUUCCACCGAAACAACGGCUCUCGACAUUGAUUGCUGUUCAAGGGGUAAAGCUGAGGUACGAAGACGAUAAGGGUGGUCCGAAAAAGGACAAGUACAAUAACCGGUUAAAUGUCUUUACGGUCAAUCUAUACCUAGAUGGCUGGGGCGAGAAGAACAAAUGGCUUGGAAAGGGCACCGACCUGAACAAGAAGGUGGCCGGUCAGAAGGCAGCACAGAUGGCAUUAGACAAUGCCAGUCUGAUGAAGAAGUACCGUGAUAAGAAGCUCGCUUUUCUAGCGGCACGUGACGAGGAAGGGGCCGAGAAUGACAAUGUCGACUCGGAAUAAAGUGAAGAUUUAACCACAGCGAGGAUCAUCUGGCUAUAUUUGCUUUUAUCUUUUAAUUUGAACGGGGUCCUGUCCCAGGAUCCAGCUGAUUGCUGUUCAAUGUACGGAGAGAAUGUCUUGGGGGC